UCCGGGGGAAACGUACAAACAGCUGGGAGAGCAAGAAGGAGCUGCAUUGUGCGGCGGGAGUUUGUCGAGCGGAGUUUUAGGGCGCUGGAGUGGAUCUCAAUACCAACAUGAACCUUUUCUGUUUUUCUCUGGAGGGCUCAAUGGACAGCUUGUAUGAGCCUGUCCCAGAACAUCAGGAACCCAAGGAUACAACUACUACUGACAGCCAGGCUAGCACUCCAGCGAGCCCACCUCUGAACUGUGGACCACCUGAUAGGUCUAAGUCUUUGGAAUUUCCUGACUUUGAGAACACAGUGACCAAAAAAAGAAAAUCCAUCCAGAAGUCCAUGUCUGAAAAUGAAGCAUUUGACAGGAAAAAUGUGAAUGGCACACUUUGGCAGGGUUCCAGGAAGCCGGAGAAUGAUUCGUACAUCAGAAGGCACUGUCAGCUUGAAGAAGAUAAUAUUAUUGCUGAUGGAAUACAUUUGCUGCAAGGAAAGAAGAUAGAAGAAACAACAUGCCAGGUGAUAAACUAUGAGCAAUGGAUUCCACCACGAGUUCACAAUCCAGGUGUGCCUGGUAACAGUGAAAUGGGCACAGAACCAGAAGAUAAAGUAGAGUCCAUGGGAACAUUAAAACGACUGCAGAAAUUGGUCCGAACAAAAAAAACGAGUACACAAAGCUUGGAAGAUGUUAAGCAUGUUUUGCUCCCCCUCAAUGCGUUAGAGGAUGCUUAUCUCUCUGAAGAGGAUGAAGAAGCACUGACUUCUUGCAUGAAGCUGACAAGACCUCAGGAGAAGAAAACCUGGAAAGACAGCUCAAGGAGAAAAGAAGAGAAAACUGAAUUUCACUUGUGGAGUGACUGGAAGACGUUUCCUGACAACCAGCUCUGUCCUUGUGACUUCUUGAUUUCAAAAAUAGAAGAAUGGGAAAACUGUACUUGCUCUUCUCAUCAGCCACAUCUCACAUAUUCCCUAACUGAUAUGGAUCUACAGUACUCCUGGCGCACAAGCAGCUUUGGAAGCUUUGACCGUUUCAGGCACCACUCGAUAUCAAAGACAGAUGAUUCAGCUGAGAUCUCUGAGCUGGAGACUAUAAGUGACAUUGGAGAAACAGUACAAACCAAAGCAGCAAAUAAUGGAGGAAGUCUGAGUAAGAAGAUGAGAGCCAUCUCACUCACCAUGAAGAGAAAGAUGGGUAAAAAGUACAUCAAGGCACUCUCUGAGGAAAUGAAUGAAGAAGGAAAAGACGACAGUGAUCCUGGUGGUGGAAUACACACUGAGAAGGUAUCCCUAAAAACCAGUGACUCUUUGGAAAGUCUCUAUAGUCUGAACAGUGGCCAGAGCUCAUCUAGUGGGGUGACCAGCUGCUCAGAUGGAACGAGCAACAGAGACAGCCUCCGGUUUGAUGAUGAGGUCCCCUACAGUGGCCCCUUCUGCGGCCGGGCCAAAGUCCACACUGACUUCACACCAAGUCCUUAUGACACUGACUCUCUGAAAAUCAAGAAAGGAGACAUUAUAGAUAUCAUCUGUAAAACUCCCAUGGGCAUAUGGACAGGCAUGCUGAACAACAAAGUAGGAAACUUCAAGUUUAUUUACGUGGAUAUUAUCUUGGAAGAAGAAGCUGCACCCAGAAAGAUAAACCAGCACCGAGGAAGCAAAAGGACCAAGCCUAAAACAUUGCAAGAGCUCCUGGAAUGUGUCCGCCUGCAGGAAUAUGCCUCAACCCUCUUGCUAAAUGGCUACGAAACUCUAGAGGACUUAAAGGAUCUCCAGGAAAGCCACCUCAUCGAAUUAAAUAUUUCAAACCCAGAAGACAGGGCAAGAUUGUUAUCAGCAAUUGAAAACCUACAGGAUUGUGACACUGAACAACAGCAAAAAAGUGAGGAUGGUCAGGAGACACAGAACUUAAGCCCUCACCCAGACUCUGACAAAUCACAGUUAAAUGACUGUCCAAGAGAUUCUGGCUGUUAUAUCUCAUCAGAAAAUUCAGAUAAUGGCAAAGAAGAAGUAGACCCAGAAGCCCUGUCUGACAUGGUGCAGUCAAUAGCAAUCACUGAGUCAAACUGAUUCAGUCCUGCUGCUUCUCUGGAGAUUUUCGAAAAAGACAAUCGGAUUUGGCAGUAUGAUGGCACAGAAGCAGAAUGCAAAAUAUUCUCAACACCAAAAAUCUACUUUUGUCUGAUGUAUGAUGCUCUAGACUGUUUAAUACGUGGACACUUGAUAGCUAAAUGUUAGUUGAUAAUAAGAAUAUCUCACAUUUUUCUUUUCAAUGAAUUCACAGACUUUUCACUGAAAAAGUUUAUACAUAAGUAUUUAUAAAUAUUUGUACAGCGAAUGCAUUUUCUAUAAUAAUAGAGAUAUUUUUUAGGUAGUGGUUCAUAAUCUGGAAAUGUUAAUUUCUGGAACUGUCUAAAAUGUAAAUAUUGUAUAUAUUUAUUUUAAAAAUAUAUGGAUUGAUCACACUGUCUCUAUUUUCAGCUGUGUUUUGCUGAUAUAUGUACAGAAUGUACUUUCAUUGGUAUAUCAUCAUAAUAAAGAGUGGAUAUAUUCAAACUCUACUUUGAAAAGUACCAAGCUAAUUCUCAUUAAUAUUAAAACUGUUUCAUAGCACUCCUCUCCAAAAGGAGCUCUAAAGUAGACUAUCAUCUCCUGUACUUUAUCUUGAAGGCAUGAAAGAACUGUAGGGUGAAUCUGAAUCUAGUUCUCUGUGUUCCUUAUCUUUUAGAAGAACACAGCCACCCGAAUGGCUUGUGCAGUGGCAAUUCUUUUAUGGUUAUUUUCACCUGUUCUCAUUUGUCCCAAGCAUUACACAGAGAAUGCAAGCUUGGAGAAAAAAAAAAAAUCAGUAUCAAUGUUAUGCUUUUAUGAUAAUCUUUUUGUGAAGCUGUUGCCUUUUGUGUGUGGUGUGAAGUUUGUUAAUAGAGUAUUUGUUUGUAUACAGAACUCGAAAGCUAACGUGGUUAUUGUGCAUGAUUGUCUUUCAUAUGAGAUUUUAUUGUCUUUUCCCAGUAUAUUUCACACUGGAAUGCACAUUUUAACCGCCUGUCUUCUUUUAGAGUACUUCCUUCAAUAAUAAACAGAAGCAUGUGUUUAA